UGAACACAAAAAUUAGGCUGCACACGUACAUCCGUGGACAUUCUAAUGAUGAAAAUUGCAGAACGCAGAUGACACAAGUAUACUUUGGGCUUUCAGGCUUGUAUGUUUACUCAACUCAUCUCUUUCUUUCAUAAUGUUUCACAGAUAGAGAUUGCAAAAAGUAUUGUUUGUCUUUCACCAUCAAAUUCACCAUCAACCAUCAUGGAGUGUGUCAUCCAUUCCCACCAUGUUUUCUGAGAGUCCAGAUCAGUCAUCAUCUUCUGAAUUCCCAGAUGAGCUAACCACGGCCCUUGCUGAGGGCCGCUGGUGGGCAAUAAUGGAAGUUUCAGAUCCCAUGUCUGAGGAGACCUCAAGACCUGUGGACCUCAUCUCAGGCCAGUGAGGGGGAACAGUGGAGGCAGGAGAAACAUCAUGGCCCACUUCCCUGGCCUUUCUCAUGAGGCCUCUGAGAAGCACUCUGACUUUGCAGAUGAAACACUGAAGACCUCAAAGCAGUGGAGGCAAAAGACAAUGCCCUUUUCUGCCAGGUCCAAACAGGGAGCACCUGGUUCUGAGACAACUGAGGGGAGAAAACUCACCUCAUCAGAGAAGGCUGAGUCAUCACAGUGGAGGCGCCACAAAAAGCACCUGACGGGUCCACACAGGGAGCACGCGUGCUUGUCAAGUCCCAACAGAACUCUGCUGGUUCAAAAAAAGUGAUCUUAAGUCAUGCAUCUGAGGAGCCUGUGAUCUUGGCCUACUCAGUUGCAUCACUGAAAAAGAGAGACAAGAGGAGAAAGUGGAGGAAGAAAAGGCCACAGGUAGCACCCGUGCCUGUUGGAUACCCACAGGGACCACCUGUGCCUGUCGGGUCCCAAAAAAGAGGAAAACUCAAGAUCCCUGAUCAUCUGGUUAAGCAUCCACAAAAUGCCUCUUCUGAACUGGGAGCACCUUUGCCUGCUGGGUCCCAACAGGGAGUGUCCCCACAAGAAACACCCAAGUCUCUACAGAGGGCAACUGUGGCUGCCCCAAGUGGAGCACUCAUGCCUGACAAGAUCCCGAAGAGGCAAAAACUGAAAAUUCCUGAGCCGUUGAGAUGGGAGCUGCUGCAGCAGAAGCCUCUAGCCUCUUCGGUUCAGGGAGUAUCUAUUCCAGCCACGUCCAAACAGGACGCAAUUGUACCUAACAGGACUCCAGUGGGAGUGCCUGUACAUGCUGGGACCCAACAAGGAGCCAGUUCUCCGCAAGCAGCACCAGUGUCCGUGGAGUCUCUGAAGGGUGCAGCAGUGCCUGCGCCUUCCACCCAGGGAGCAACCAUGCCCUCCAGGAUCGCAAAAGUUGCGCCUAUGCAUUCAGGGACCCCACAGGGAGCACAUGUGCCUGCAGGUUCCCCACAACAAGAAGCAAACCUCAGGAUCCCUAUGCAGUGGAGGGAACAGUGGAGGCAGCAGAAUAUCCCAAAGGGAGUGUCUGUAAUUGCCAAGACCCCACAGAGAACACCGACUUCUGACAAUGCAGGUGUGGACCAGUCACCUCCACAAAAACUAUGUGUGGAAAUUUACAACAAGGUGCAGCUGAAUCUUAAACUGAGGAGCCACAACCAUCAACUGCAUCAGAGAACCUGGUCCCAUCUGAACCGGAAAAGAGCACUGGACAAUGCAGUUGUGGAUCAAUCUCCUCCACCAAAAAAGCUGUGUAUGGACCAACAGUCGGAACAAGAGCAGACUGACGAUUUGUCGCAUGUUCACCAAAUUUUGUGUGAUUUCACAUAUUUAAUAUUUUUGUUGUGUUUACAUGCUUUAUGCAUCUAUAAUAAAAACAUAUAAUAUAAACUGUGUAUUUAUUUAUUUGUCAAUGACAACACACAUUAAUUAACACUGGUGUUAUAAACAGAUCACUGGACUGAUUAAAUAUUAAAAAUUCGCACACUAAGCCAAAGGAUAGCAUUGUAGCAACAUAAAUAAUUCCUAUUUUACACAAUUUAUGGCUGAAGCCAAUAAGUGUAUAAUACAACUGAUUUCAGUAUACAUUUUCUUGCAACAAUAGCCUGAACAUCAUCAGA